AUGUUACCCUGUGUUUCAGUGUUACGUGAUGAAUUCCGUCCUAUGCCAAAAGAUACACGAGUGGCAGCUGGAGAGACUGCGCUCUUGGAAUGUGGUCCCCCAAAAGGUCAUCCGCAGCCCAGCCUAGUCUGGAGGAAAAACGGCCAGACAAUUAACAUUGAAGCUUCCAAGAGAGUGCGUGUAGUGGAUGGUGGCAAUCUCAUGAUUGCUGAUGUGCGGCCAGGAGAUGAGGGGAAAUAUCAGUGCGUUGCUCAGAACAUGGUGGGCAUCAGAGAGAGUGAUCCAGCAACUCUAACUGUACAUGUGAAGCCAUUCUUCAGCAAAGAACCAUCUGAUGUGACGGUACUGAAGGGCCAGAGCGUACAGUUCCAGUGCCGGGUUGGUGGUGAUCCUGACCCCAACAUCCUAUGGCGAAGAGAUGAUGGGAAGAUGCCAAUUGGGCGGGCACAGAUCCUGGAUGACAAGUCGCUUCGCAUUGAGAAUGUGGAGCCAGUGGAUGAGGGGCUGUACAUAUGUGAUGCUGAAAACCUUGUGGGGAGUGUAUCAGCUCGAGCAUCCCUGACUGUACACUCUCCACCCACAUUCACAACAAAGCCACAGGAUCAGAAGGUUGGUUUGAAUGGCUUGGCGAGUUUUGAGUGUGUUGCAACAGGCAACCCACCCCCUUCUGUGUUCUGGACAAAGGAAGGCAGCCAAGUCCUCAUGUUUCCAGGCAAUUCGUAUGGGCAUCUCCAUGUCACACCUGAGGGUACACUUAAGAUUCAGGGUGUGCAACGUGAGGACGCUGGUUUCUUAGUGUGCUCCGCUCUGAGCGUAGCUGGCUCCACCACUGUGAGAGCAUUCUUACAGGUCACAUCAGUGGAUGAUGUUCCACCCCCCAUUGUGCAGAUUGGCCCUGCCAAUCAGACUUUGCCACUGCAGUCAGUAGCCACCUUACCUUGCCAAGCAAUUGGCACACCUCAGCCAAAGAUCAAGUGGUACAAGAAUGGAUCCCCUCUCAUCAGCCAAGGUCCUCGGAUCAAAGUCAUGGACCCAGGAACACUGCAUAUAGAUGACCUCCAGCUUACUGAUUCAGGGCUGUACACAUGCACAGCAAGUUCUGAGAGUGGGGAGACAUCUUGGUCAGCCUCUCUUACUGUGGAGAAGACAGCGGCCCCAAACCUACACCGCAUGCCAGAUCCAUCUACAUACCCCAGUGCCCCCCCUCAACCACACAUUCUGAACACAACCCAGUCAUCUGUGACCAUCUCAUGGCAUGAGGCAACCAAAAGCAAACCUGGAGCCUCACCACUCAUAGGAUAUACUAUUGAAUACUUUAGCUCAGAUCUCCAGACUGGUUGGGUUGUAGCAGCCAACAGAGUUACUGCUGACACAAUCACGAUAGGGGACUUGAAACCUGAUACUUCUUAUGUCUUCUUGGUCCGUGCUGAGAACUCACAUGGACUGUCAGUUCCUAGUCCUGUAUCUGAUGUGGCACGGACAUUGGGAGCUGAUCGGCGUGCAGUACCACAGCAUGAACUGGAUGAAGCACGUGCCAGGCUGGGAACGAAAGUGGUAGAGUUGCGGGAUGUUCAGCCAAUCAGCUCAACCUCUGUCAGACUCAUUUGGGAUAUCCUAGUUGGUGAAGCAUAUGUUGAGGGCUUCUAUAUUCGUUUCCGUGAUCUGUCUGGAGGGUCACAGCAGUACAACAUGGUGACAGUGCUAAAUGCUGGCUCCACAGGCUACACUGUUGCAAACCUGCGAAAAUUCACCAAAUAUGAAUUUUUUCUUGUUCCAUUCUUCAAGUCCAUAGAGGGUCAGCCAUCAAAUUCUAAAAUUGUACAAACUGCAGAAGAUGUUCCAUCAGCUCCACCAGGUAACGUGCAAGUAGGGAUGCUGAAUGCAACGGCUGCAUUUGUCCGAUGGUCUCCACCCCCACCACAACACCACAAUGGGAUUCUCCUGGGCUAUAAGAUUCAGAUUAAGGGUAACAGCAGUAAGAUCCUGGCUCAGAUGACUCUGAAUGCCACAACCACUUCAGUUCUCCUUAACAACUUGACCACUGGAGGUUCCUACACAGCGCGGGUUGUGGCAUAUACUCACGUAGGGCUGGGGCCCUUAUCAGCUCCAGUACCUCUUGUCAUGGACCCAUCACUACUGCACCAAUACCCUCCAAGGGCUCAUCCCAGUGAAGGUGGGGAUGGCAGUAGUGUUGUGCGUGAGACAUGGUUCCUUCUUCUGAUUGGUGGAACGGUGCUGACCUUAGUUCUGGGUUUUGUUGGCAUGCUGUAUUUACGGAGACGUCAGGCUCUCAGCAAGGAGCUGGGGCAUCUUAAUGUUCCUGUAGUAAAUGCGAAUGACAUAUCACAACUAAACCUGAUGAAUGGGAAAGAGACACUAUGGAUUGAUAGAGGGUGGCGGCCCGCUAAUGAGGACUCCAGUGGGAUCUGUGUAGAGACCAAGUUGCUCAACAACCAGGCAACAAAUCAGGACCUAAAUUCUUCUGCUACAGACUAUGCUGAGGUGGACACAAGAAAUCUUACCACAUUUUACAGCAACUGCAGGACAAAGGAACCAGAUAUUCCAGCACCAUAUGCCACUACAACACUUAUUAACUCCAUGCAUAGAAGAGACAACAUGGAUAACAGUCACCUAUUUGUACCCAUUGCCAUGGGUGCCCCAGGAGGGGGUGAAGCCAAGACAUCAAGCUCAAGUGAUUCAUGUGUAAAGCCAGAUCUCUCAAGUUUGGAUACAAACCCAGAACUUGGGAACAAAUCAAGUAGUAGCCCAAGCUCAGAGAUAGGAAGUGUAUAUAUAGUUUGUGUUCCAGAUGACAGCGGUUUGCCUAUGAGACGUGUACAACCAGCAUCAGUGGCAGGAUGCCGCAAAUUCUCUGCUCCUUCCCACACUGCCGUUAACAGUGGUGGGGGACAGCAAGCCCAGGGGCAGACUGCAUUGCCCAAUUGGGCUGAGUUUCUACCCCCACCACCUGAGCAUCCCCCACCAUCUGCAGCUAGCAGUGACAGUAACCCUAGCAGUAGACUACUUGUACCAUUAGCAAAUUCCAAUCCCAAUCCAGGUAAUGCUAGUAACAGAGGAGUUUCUCCAAAUUUUCAGCCCAGUGGGCAGGGGUUCAACCCCAACAGUCCACUCCUGGGGAAACGCAGCAGUUGCUCUAGAGAGGGCACCCCUUUGUGUCACACAAUUCAUUCUGCAGGAGAGAGUACGACUGGGCCCACACCCCCUCUCCCUCCAGUACGAGGAGGCAGUAGUUGUGGGAGCAAUAAUUGUUAUUCAACUGGCUGGGUGCCAGGAAAUGGUGCUGGUGGCGACGCUACACUCUACAACAAUUACGGAGGUGACGGCUGUGGUGCUAACUCUGGCCGCUAUGCUCUGCUGCCACCUCAGCAACAUCCUCCCCCGGUACCCAGCUUCCCUUUAGGUUUUGGAAGUAGUGCCACCUCAACUGGGGGGAGCAGCAACCCUAGUGUACACUCGAAUCUGUAUCAGCCAUAUACUGCACAACAGCAGCAGCAAGGGCAACAGGGAUGCCAGCGUAUCUUUGGUGAUAAUGAGUACCAGCAAAACUGUCCAACACAGUUGCAGAUUGCAGGUGAGUUGAAGCAACAUGUAGGUUACAGUGCAAUGGAUCGGGGGAUUCAGUCAUCACUUCCAAGCCUGGCAGGUGAAUCAUUAGCUGCCAGGCUACACCUGCAGGGGGUGCCUGUGGAUUUGGGUCCAAAUGGUGAAUGGGAUGCUGCUGACUCCAGUAGUGACUGUGAGCAUAGGUGGCGCAGCCCUGGUGGUGGUGUGGGUGGUGGGGAAGGCUCGACAACAGCAGGAUCCUGGGAUGAUGAUCAUGCGAGUUGUUCAAGUGGUGAUGCUAGUGACACCUGCUGCUCUUGUAGUGAAUCAAGUUGCCUUUAUGCUGACACAGCAGAAGUGAUGGCACAACAAGCACAGCAGAGUUGCUCACACUUGGGAAAUAACCGUCGACAUCCUCGGCGCCCUUACCACCAACGAAACAGUGGAAAUGGGCCAGUGGCCUGUGGCCGGCCAGUGUCUCCUUCUUACAGCACAGAUUCAAACUAUAGCUGUGCACGACCACCUCAUGCCAGACCUCCUGUUCAUAGAGUGCAGCACCAAAGAGGAGAACGAAGUUCCCUCAACCAAACACAUAGAGAAUAUGGUAUUCUGGAUUGAGACACCAUAUAGUCUCGUAGAUGGCUACCGAUGCUUCAGAGGAACAUGGUGCCUUCAUUUCAAGGUUCAGCAUUGUCACAACUCAGAAGACCACAAUCUGAACAAUCGCCACUUAACACCUAAACGUUAUAUGUUCUCUGUUCUUAACAUUAUUUUGUCUUUCUGCUGAUCCAACAAAUAAAUCGCAAGACAUCCCCAGAAAUUAAUUUCUGUCCACUUUCAAUUUGUACAUAGCAUGUGUUUAAGGUAGGGCUUCAAAAUAUAUAUUAUAUAGUGGUUCCCAUAUGUAUGAAACAGCCUUCCAUACUAAAUGGUAAUUUGAUCUGAUGCACCACAUUUUACAGGUAUAAUUGAACGUAGUUAUUCUAGUCACUAAUGAAAUAUUCAACUUGAAAUUGAACAAACCAGAUAAUAUGUUGGCUUGUCAGUCAGGGUGGAUCCUGUCACACAAUUCCAUUGAACUGUUUGCCAUGAAUGGUGACAGUUCUGUCAGUCUGUUUCUGUAACUCGUGAAGAACAAGCUAUUUUAUGCAUGUGGAGCAAAUAUAUUUCAGUUCCAUUUCAUUUUGUAUGUUUUGUGGAGCCUGCUGGAUGUCUGUAAAGGAUGGGCUGUUCCUACAUUUUUUCCUAUCAUCCAGCAUCAAACAUUUCAGCUCUGAGGCUAGCAGUGAAUUCAUUAAAUAUAUUUUAUCAAAUUAUGUAAUUCUCAUAUGCAAUGCCUUGAGGUCCAAAUCAGCAGUUUCUGAUAAUCCUAAUGAUGACUUGUAACUUGUAUGAAGACAAAUUGUUUUAGUCUUGAUAUUUUUACCAGACCUAAAUUUCAUUGUGAGAAUUGAGGUUCUGAUGAUAAUGACUGAAGGUUGCUAUAUUCUGGGAUCUGAUGCCAUGUCGUCUGUUAUAUCAUUACCUGUCGUCUGUUAUAUCAUUACCGGUCUUUCAGAGGAAGAAUCUGUCAUGCCAUGAAGUGUCACAUCCCAAAAGGCAGUAAUCUUCUAAAUUUCUUUAUUCUGCAUCUGGCCAAGAUGAAGUUGUGAUGUCAUUCCAACUGAUCAGGCUGGAAACUGUAAUAGAUAAAUUGAAGAAGACUGGUAGAUGGAUGAUCAACAUAAAGUAACUGAACUACAGCCUGUAUGAUGAAAAGCCACAGUCAUGAUGUAGUACAGUGAACCCAUGUAGUUUAUCCUUGUUAAUAUUCUUGUUUAAAUGUUUCAUCAUUUAUAAAUCAGCUAGUAUGAUUAUGCAACAGUAGAUGGAACAUUUAGGAAUAUUAUCCAUUGAAUGAAUGUGAAUGAGUAGUGUUUGCAAUAUGCUGAUUUAAGCAGUGAGUUUCUAUUACUCCAUUCCUAACCAAAUGAUAUUGUUACUGUAGGGGGACAGAAUAGGAAACUUAUUUCUAGUCAUAUGUUUGAUACUAUAGAUCUUAUAAUGGUUACUGCCAUUAUUUAUCCAUUAUUUUAUUAUUCACAGUUUGCAGUUUGUCACAGCCAACAUACCUUCUGUGGGCCUGCCCACUAAAAUAAAAACCAAACAGUAACCCCAGAUUUGUUACAUUAAAAUUUUUCAGUGAUCCUAAAAGUAGAUCCAUUAAGGGCUCGUAUGGUAUAAAUAUGGCAGAGAAACGUCUGCCUAUUUUUAUAAUCUGGAAAAACUACUGUAAAAUGUUCAAACAGAAUCCUGAAAUUAUUCUCAUCAGUGUUUGUUGAUUUAUAGCUCACUCACACAGAAUUUUAGAAUUGUGAAAUUAUUUAUAACAUCCCUUGAAACUGAAAUGUGUCAUUGAUAGGAUGGGGUGGUAUUGAUUGGAUUAA